GCUGUCUGUCUGUAACCUCCAUACAGCCACAGGGAGACAGUCGGGCACGGAAAGGCAGCGGCUGGCGGUCGUUAAGGGUGUGACCAGGAGUAAACGCUCUGCGCUGAUCUGUGCCAUGAAGACCCAGAGGGCCCAAGAUGAUACACCAACUUCACCGUCCCACCGACAGAAGUCUCGCUUCACCUUACGUGGCAGAAAGAAGAAGGAUGGGGUGAUUCAAGGCAAGCUCCGUAUCCGCUCCAUGCCUGGAGCCUUCCUGGUGCUGGGAGUCAUUGUGGUGGUUGCUGGCACCGCUCUGGCUGUGGCAGGGUACUGGCCCUACCGGAUAUCAAGAUCAUCCAUCCUGGGAGUUGCAGACGGGGAAAGUAUCUCUGAGUCACAGACCUCUGGCUGGACUCUGGGAGCUAAGGGCCUCCUGUCCACAGCCAGCCUCAUCCACACUGAACGAAUGAAGCUGCUGGGGCCUGUCAUCAUGGGGGUGGGACUCUUCAUCCUCAUAUGUGCCAACACAGUCCUGUACGAGAACAGAGACAGAGAGACCCAGAUGCUGCUGGCUCAGAUGCGCAGUGUGAUCUGUUCUGUUUCUGCAGCUGUGCCCUCGGCAGACCUUAAAGAAAUUGCUGCAGUCAGCUCAGUGGCCAAACACUACCAGUGGGUGAGUGGUUUACCAGCUGCCCACCUCAACAUCCUUUGUCUGCAGCAGCUGGCAAGCUCUGAGCCCCUGCUCCGAACCAGACACCACAUAUACCAGGACGACAGUGUGGGGAGUAUCUACCAACAAGCUGUUCUGCAGACAGAAGCCCUUCACCACCAGGAAUCAGAGCCUCCGCCUUCCCUCGACUCCUCCCACUCCAACUCUUGUAAUUCCAGUCAAACAGACUUUAAUACACAGUCUGACACUGAGCAUGGCAGCAUUACCAGUUUCAAUCGGCAGGCCGCCCCAGUCGUCAAGCUCAACAACUGCCUGGUGUCUGCCAAUUCCAUGUCUACACUAGGGGUGGACGAGGUGGAUAUGCCAGUUGUCCAGCCGAGGCGCUGCCACAGCAUCAGCUACAGGACUAACCCUUACACAGCUCAAACUGGUGUGCAUGUGCAGGGAGAACUCCACACACCCACAGAGGAGGGCCAAAUAAGCCAGCUAGUAGUCAUGAGGAAGGAGGUCAAUUCACAGGUUUGUGUUAACAUCCCCAGGCAGAUUGCGGAUGUUGUAGAGGAACAGACUCAUCGAAGCUGGCCUCGGCUAGACCUGGGCAGCGGAAGACGAUACCUGAAACUAGAGAACAAGGAGGACUCAGUGGACAAACUGCUGGACCAUUUAGAGCUGCAGUGUUCUCAGUGGGAUAAGAGUUUUGGCUCUGGGCCUUUCCAGUGAUGGCUGCUGUAGCUUCACAGUCCAGAGGGUACUUCUACCUGACAACCAAGGAGUAAUGUUAUUUUUCCCUGGAUUCUAAAACUGCAGCAUUUUUUUUUUUGGUUUUAAAUUUUGUGUGGGGCAGAGAGAAACUGAGCCCUGGAUCAUUUUGAGUGCAGUAUUUUCUAAACCUGAGCCUGUUGUUAGCCUUCAGCGGAAUAUUGGUACACAGGGGUCAUGGUCUGUGCUUGGCUGGAUGUGGCAGAUGUUUUAUAUAUUGGAAGACAAGGAACAAUAUACAGGACCCUACACUGCCACAGAUGAGUGAAACAGUUUGACAGACUGUUUACUUCUGCAGAUUGGGCUGACAGCAGUACCACAAAUUAACUUGUAUCUCAAUGCCAAAAUGGGUUUGCCUGUUCCUAGGACACGGUGUGCACAGCCUAGUGAGGAGGAUGGGGGAUUGUUUUCACUGUGCAAUCAGUUUUGAACCAAACUACCUGGACUCCUGAGCCCACAAAGUGCUGACAGCUAUUAACAAAUACAACCCCAAGUCAGAAGAAGUAGGGACA